CUUGAGUACCUAUUAGUUACUACACCAUUAUUGGAGACGGUAGUGUUUAGUUUUCGUGUUGCUUGGGUUUUGUUUUCUUCACUCUUUCACUUCUUCCUUGCUUCGUUCCGAAAACGCUUUCUCCUUUCAGUGAGUUGAGUUUAUGAUGGGGGGAAGUUAUGUUGAAGAUGAUUGGGAAUUUGCGUCGUCCUCAUCGACAGCUAGUGAGGUUCCGAUAUUAUCUAAGGAGGUUCGGACAGUGGUUUUAGUUGGACGUACUGGCAAUGGGAAGAGUGCAACUGGUAAUAGUAUUCUUGGAGAUAAGGUCUUUAAGUCAAGGGCUAGCUCGUCCGGUGUUACCGCCUCUUGUGAAAUGCAGACAGCUGAGUUGAAUAAUGGUGGACUGAUUGUCAAUGUUAUUGACACUCCAGGAUUAUUUGACGUUUCUAUUGAAUCUGAGUUUAUUGGGAAAGAAAUAGUCAAGUGCAUUGACUUUGCUAAGGACGGUAUCCAUGCUAUCCUUGUAGUGUUAUCUGUUAGAUCACGAUUUAGUGAGGAAGAAGAAAAUGCUCUGCGUAGUUUGCGAACAUUAUUUGGAAGCAAAAUUGUUGACUACAUGAUUGUGGUCUUCACGGGAGGAGAUGAUUUAGAAGAUAAUGACGAGACACUGGACGAUUAUUUGGGCCGUGAAUGUCCAGAGACUUUAAAGGAAUUCCUUACUUUGUGUGGGAAUCGUUGUGUUCUCUUUGACAACAAGACAAAGGAUGAAAAGAAGCAAUCUGAACAAGUUCAACGACUUCUCUCUUUUGUAAACACGGUAGUAUCAAACAAUGAUGGGCGUCCUUAUACAGAUGAGUUAUUUACUGAAUUAAAGAAAGGAGCAAUGAAACUGCACCGUGAUCAAAGGAAGGUUGAUUCCAUGGAAGGAUACUCAGAAGCACAAAUAUCAGGGUUUAAAAAGCUUAUGCAACAAUCAUAUGAUGACCAGCUAAAACAAAUUACUGAGAUGAUUGAGUCAAAGUUGAAGGAGGCAACUACAAGGCUUGAGAAACAAUUGGCAGAAGAGCACAUUGCAAGACUAAAAGCAGAAGCUGGUGCAAAGAUAGCUCAAAAGAAAUCAGACGAAGAAAUACGAAAACUAAGAGAGCAUCUUGAUAAGGCUCAUGAAGAACUCCGCAACCGAGGUGGCGGCGGAUGUACCAUUCUGUGAUCAUAGCCACUUCAAAGUUUCAAAAAGUUUAAUUUUUCUUUUGAAUCGUGACAUCUUGCUGCUUUUCUUAGUACUUUGUGUAUAAAUAAAUGCCGCGACUACUGUGCACUUAUUGUUAUUCUGUGUUGAUAUCGCAUGUUAUGGAUUGAAGAUCUUUUCUAUUCUGGAUUACACUCCUCUAUUUUAAUACGCUUAUAUUAAUUUUAUAUACCAUUAAUAAGGCUAUUUAUUCUUGCUA